AUGACUAUGUUUUCACAACAACAACAACAACAGCAACAGCUGUCUUUGUCGCCGCAACAACAACAACAACAGGGCAUGUCGACACAACGUCAACAAAAUGACUUUUUCUUUCAACAUCCAUUUACAGCUAAUGUCUCAGGACCAACCUGCUCGGGAAAAACUUAUUUUGUAAAAAAGUUGCUGCAAAAUUGUAAGACUAAGAUUGUCCCGGCUCCAGAAAGAAUUUUGUGGCUUUACAAGCGUUGGCAACCUCUAUAUAAUAUCAUCAAAUCUACAGUUUAUCCCCCUGUCAAGUUUAUACAGGGUAUUCCAAUAGAUCUAGAGCAAGAUUCGUUUAUCAACCCUAGAACAAGAAAUCUUGUGAUUUUAGACGAUCUGAUGUCGACAGCAUCAAAAGACUCUAGAGUAAACGAAUUAUUUACAGAAGGUAGCCAUCACAGAAACCUGUCAGUCAUGGCCAUUAACCAAAAUUUGUACUAUAACAAAGAUCCUACUCAGAGACGAAAUUGCCACUAUUUGGUGAUGUUUAAUAACCCCGUAGACAAGCAGCAAGUGAUGACAUUGGCUCGUCAAAUGUAUCCAGAAAACUCUCAACAUCUGAUGAGAUAUUUUAAAGAGGCCACCUCAAAACCAUACGGUUAUCUAUUGAUUGAUUUAAAACCGACAACUCCUGAACAUCUGCGCCUGCGCACUGACGCCUUGGAUCCUAUAAAAUUCGGUUCUGAAGAAAAUAAUACUUAUUCUUUAGAAAACCCACCAAGCGAUCAAGAAGAUCAAUCAGAAAUCUAUCAUUCGAAUUCCAAGUCUCACCCAGAGCAGUUGCAAAUUUUGGACUCUGAAUAUACUGAUUCAAAAAUGCCGUCUUGUGAUGAUUGCAGUCUUGUCUUUGAAAAUAUGCACGAUCUUCAAAGACAUGUUAAAAGAUGGUGUCCCGAAAAUCCCGCAUUAAAACGGCAUAAUAACGAUAUAGAAAUGGAGGAAAACCAAGAAACUGCAAAUUGGAUCCCAUUUGAACAGGAGGAAACGGAGGAAGAUGAUGAAGAUGACCAUGAACAUGAAGUUUUUAAUGUUCUUAUGGAUAAAGCAAGAGAGAGCAAUGAAAAAGAAUGGAAUCAAAAAUAUGAUAAGUACAUAAAAGAAGGAUUAAACCGAAGAGAAGCUGAAGAGAAGACAGAUAAAAAGAUGAAAUCAAAGGACAUACAAACGUUUGUAUCAAAUUACGCUGCACUCAUCCAAUAUAUUCUUCAGCUAAGACAUGGAUCCCUUCAUGCCACUAUAAUGGAUGAUGUAGCAGAAUUUCAGUCAAAGGGCUACAGUGAACACAAGUCUAUUAUGAUGGCCCUGCAUAAGAACCGACAUCUCAUUGACGGAAUCUGGGAAGAAGAUGAUGAUAGUGCGAUGGAAUCCGAAGAAUACGAUGAUAGCGAAACAGAAGAGUCCCAAGGCGAUGAUACAGAUGAAGAGGACUGA